AUGUUUGUAGAUGGAGAUAAUUUAUCGAAAUCACCAUUCAUUGAUUUACGGUUUUCAACUGAGUUUCCGGUUCAAACGGAAUAUAUUCGAAAGCGACAAUUUGAUAAACCGAUUCGCAUUGAAUUAUAUCUUGCUAGAGCUGUGCUAAGAAAUGAAUGCUCGCAAGAUUCACAUUGUGGUCAUCGAAUGAUUUGCUGCCGGAAAACAUGGUAUGAUUUAAGUGAUGAUUCCGGAAUAGGGUAUUUCUGUUUGCCGGACUGUGAAUUCACCAAAAAGGUAAGUUUGGGAAUACAUGAAGCGAAUGGAUUGAUACCAAAUGAUCUAAUUUAUGAUUGA